CGAGCUGGCGGGCUGGCGAGUAGCUCCCCACCAGCAUCUGCCGCGGCCGCGUUUGCUUGAAGCCCGUAGAACGACCGACAACGGAUAGAUCGCCUGGCGGACGGACCCGGGCGCUCGUCUGGUGCUGGGGGUCAGCUUCGGAGAGGCUCCAGGCUUGAAGCGCGCAGCUUCCCUGCCUGCUCGCUGCCACCCCGGCUCCGGCGGCCUCGGCGUACCAGGGGCUGGAGGUGCGGGAGCAGCUCUCCGCCGGUCGGUCCCUGCGCAGAUCAGCUCGAGCUGUCACGCCGCGGCCCCGAACGGCGGCCCGGAGCCCCCGCUUCCCGCCGGGCUGCUCUGAGCACCAGUGCUCCGGGGCUCCAAACUCGGGCUACCGGGGCAAGUGUCUUCAUGAACCCAGAGGAUGUCCGGGAAGCACUACAAGGGUCCUGAAGUCAGUUGUUGCAUCAAAUAUUUCAUAUUUGGCUUCAAUGUCAUAUUUUGGUUUUUGGGAAUAGCAUUUCUUGGAAUUGGACUGUGGGCGUGGAAUGAAAAAGGAGUUCUGUCCAACAUCUCUUCCAUCACCGACCUCGGCGGCUUUGACCCGGUGUGGCUCUUCCUUGUGGUGGGAGGAGUGAUGUUCAUUUUGGGAUUUGCAGGGUGCAUUGGAGCUCUCCGGGAAAACACUUUCCUACUCAAGUUUUUUUCUGUGUUCCUGGGGAUCAUUUUCUUCCUGGAGCUCACUGCCGGGGUUCUGGCAUUUGUUUUCAAAGACUGGAUCAAAGACCAGCUGUAUUUCUUUAUAAACAACAACAUCAGAGCAUACAGGGAUGACAUUGAUUUGCAGAACCUCAUAGACUUCACCCAGGAAUAUUGGCAGUGCUGUGGGGCUUUUGGAGCUGAUGAUUGGAACCUAAAUAUUUACUUCAAUUGCACAGAUUCCAACGCAAGUCGGGAGAGGUGCGGCGUGCCGUUCUCCUGCUGCACGAAAGACCCCGCGGAAGAUGUCAUCAACACUCAGUGUGGCUAUGAUGCCAGGCAGAAACCAGAAGUCGAUCAGCAGAUCGUGAUCUACACGAAAGGCUGUGUGCCCCAGUUUGAGAAGUGGCUGCAGGACAAUUUAACCAUCGUGGCUGGUGUGUUCAUAGGCAUUGCAUUGCUACAGAUUUUCGGGAUAUGCCUGGCGCAGAACUUGGUCAGCGACAUCGAAGCUGUCAGGGCCAGCUGGUAGAGCGCACCCCCGCCUCAGCUGCGCUGAGACACUGGACAGACCAGCCUUCCGGACCCUCCGGCGUGCCCAGCCGAGUCCACGCUGCCACCCCCUUGUUUUGGGGGGUAAAACUGAGAAAUGCUGCUUACUGACGGAAUUUGAAAAAAAGAUAACCAGUAUGAAAGUCAUUGCGCCGUGAAUCUCUACUGUAGCCAGGAAUUUGUGGAUGGUUGGAUAUUUACCAAAAAGAAAAAAGAAAAAAGAGAGAGAAAAGGAGGGUGGGAGACCCAGAUGUACUUGAACAUGUGGAAAACAGUCUUGUUCUCCACCUGAGUAAUCGGAGGCUGGGAGAGGCGGCUCGGCCCCUCCCCACAGCCGGAAGGAACUGCCUUCUGUUCGGCGGCCUAAAGAAGUGCACCUUUUCUAACUGGACCCCUCACCUGUGAGGGUGGGGCAUGGCACCCUUCACUGUCCAUCUCAAGGAACUGACAGCUCUCACUCAGCCCAAGAAGAGAACAGCUGGUCCUUGGGGUCAGAUUUUGUGACCACGUCCAGCAAGGCACAUGCGUGCACACGUUUGGUCUCCUGAUGAGAGAGGUCGUGUAUUUCGCGUGCACUGAGCAAGAACACGGGAACACGUUGUGAUGCUGACGUUCAGCAGGACCUCUACUCUCAGUAGGCCUGAGCUUUAUUUAUCAAUGAAAUCCAAGGAGAAAAUGAGGUUAAUGAUGAGGUAUUAGUUAAAUACUCUCUCACCCCCGCCCGCCAAAUUAUGUGCUGGAUUCUUUGGAAACUGGGGCUUUGGCUUUUUUUUUUUUUUCUUUCUUUCUUUUCUUUUGGUCUCCCAAAAGAGAAAGCUACAGUCUCUCUUAAAUUUGUAAGUGUCUUCUUCCAAGCUUGAAUAUUAAUUUUGUGUGUGUGUAAUCUCCCCGCAUGGCCUGUGGAUCCACCAUUCCUCUUCCUGCCAUCUUUCCUGCAGCAUUUAUCCAUGUGGCUGGGUCAGCACUUACUGGACAGGUUCGAGGCCUGGCGAGGUGUGGCCGUCCUCCCUGGCGGGGCGGGACCCGCGGGCCCUCACAGGUUCCACAGGAUUCGACAGUCCCGUAACGGUGUUGGUCGCCGUGGCCUCUUCGUAGCCUGCCUGCCUUUCUCUUUGAAUGGAAUUAAACCCCAUUCCAAAACAGUGUUGACACAAUCAGAAAGCAGCUUCCUGUGGGUUUCUUUUCCGUCUGGUUUGAGUUUUCUUUUAUUAAGAAAAAAAGGAAAGCGUGCAUGCGGACUAACCAUCAGGAUGGUGACAAAGCACAAAUACUUGGAGAGGAGGACACUGGCGGCGGGUUCUGGUCACAGGUGGAAACCACCUCCAGGUGCUGCCGCCCACCCCUGCCCUGACUCCAGGUGGGAGGGACGAGUUUUGCCCCCAGAUUUUAGUCCCACUGUUGUCCACCAGGAUGUCAUUCUCCUGGGGGAGCAGGUAUUAGUCUGUGGUACGCUGAGAAAACCACAGGCCUGUUCCACGGUGAGGACACAUUUGCCCACACAGAGCUGGGCGGCCAGCUGGCGUACUCUAUGGAAAUUCAGCUUCUCAGCCCCACGUUGCAUCGCUGUGGCCGAUGGAUGUGCCGGUCUGCUCAGAGAAAGGGCGACAGUUCUUUGAAAAUCUAGUCUCCAGAGUUGGGGUGUGUAUGGCUGCACGUGUGUGUGUGUGUGUGUCUGUAUCAUUAGAGAUGUGCGUUCCAUUCUCCAGCUGUGAGAUUGUUUCAUCUCAUCUCUGCCCACCCUGUCAUCCUUCUGUAAUGUCUUUCCAACGUGGAGAAGACUUGAGCUCUCGGGUUGGCGUUCUUGUCUUUUGUGUUUAUUACCUCAUUCUCCAGUGAACUCCAUCUGACCAGUUGAUUCAGAACCAGGCAAGAUUCCCACCCUUUGGCACAGCCAGUAAAAGGCCAAACGGAGGUCCAAGUGAGUUUUAAAUUUUAAUGAA